AUGGGAAAUGAUGAGAAGGAAGAGGGUGCCACGUGGAGAAGGGCCACGCAUGGGCGGCGGCCGCCCCCCGCCGCUCGGCGGAAGUGGAAGGUCGGUGAUCUUGUGCUUGCCAAAGUCAAAGGAUUUCCGGCCUGGCCUGCGACAGUGAGUGAGCCAGAGAAGUGGGGUUACCCUGCUGAUUGGAAGAAAGUAGUGGUCUACUUUUUUGGGACUGAACAAAUUGCCUUCUGUAAUCCUGCCGAUGUAGAAGAAUUCACAGAAGAGAAGAAAGUGUCUCUCUUGGGGAAACGCCAUGGAAAAGGUGCUGAUUUUGUUCGUGCAGUAAAGGAGAUAAUUGAUUGCUUCGAGAAGUUGAAGGAACAGGACCAGGUUAGUAGGGUUAACGGCACUGAGGAAACUAACAUCACCAAUAUAAACAACUCAGAGGAAUCCUUGAUUAAAGCUGUGAAGGAUGAAGCUGCUGUAGUUACAGUUAAACCACUUUCUAUGGGGACCAAUAAUGAUUUGAAUUCUCUAACUGAAGUUGCUGUAGCUGCAGCAGCUGAAGAUGCUUUGCAUGAUGAGGAGAUCCCAUUGGUGGAGGCACCUUCUAAUUUGGUGCUUACAGGAUCACCUGAGUGUACCACUGAUUUGGCAAGACACAAAACUGAUGUUGCCCGAUCACAAAAAAGUGGCUCCAAGAGGAAGAAGCUUGCUCAAAGGUCAAAAAGUUCUUCUAGGAGAGAUGCAAGUAGACCCCGAGGUAUGGUGCUGCCUUCUAUUAAUAACACUAGGAGCUCUAGGCGCUCGGGUCCUAAUGCAUUGCAGGAUAGAUCUGUGAGACGAAGUAAAAGGAUUAUGAAAUCGUCUGAUGAUUCUGAGGAAGAAGGCAUCCACUCACAUGCCCUUGAAUCAAAUGAUAGCAUCGAAGAGAGUGAUCCUGAAAUUAUGGCAGUGGAUGCUGAUAGGCUUGGUACCAAUGAUGGACCCAGCAACUUGGCUAGCAAGCAGGAGCCUUUCACUGAAAAUGAUGAAGAGGAAACAGAGUUAAGUCAUAGGUUGGACUUUCAGACUAACACUGUCAUCCUUAAGAAGAAAAGGAAGUGUAAUCGGAAAAGACACCACACUGAUACUGUUGAGGCGGCUGAACUCAAUAUAGUAACUUCAGAUGCUGAAGUGCUCAGAACUGGGUGUGCUUCACCCAGUUUUAGUGAGAAAUUGACGCAGCGAUAUGUUAAGGAUGAUGGUGACGAACACUUGCCUUUAGUCAAAAGAGCCAGAGUUCGUAUGGGCAGACCAUCACCGACAGCAGAGGAAGAAAUCACUUUCCUUCAUAAAGAGGAGAAAGGGUCUGCUGCUCCUGAAAGUGUUACUUCGCAGCCCUCUGGGCCCUGGAGCCGUGAGGUGGAUGCUCCUGCUGAUGGGAAAUCUGCCCCCAUUAAAGAAGAUCAAACUCAUGGAUGCUUAUCACGUGUAAGUCCUGCUCGAAAGCCUCACUUUUGGGAAGCUAGAAAGAAUUUUGUGGAUGGGGAAGCUGCUUUACCUCCAUCCAAACGCCUUCAUCGGGCCUUGGAGGCCAUGUCUGCCAAUGUGGCCGAGGUUUGUCAAAGAGCAUCCAGUUGUUCACCAGCUCCGAAUACUCAGAGCAAUGAGUAUUUUCCUUCUUCCAUUCCAGAGGUCUCUGAGCUGUCGGUGGAAAAGAAAGCUGUUAAUGAAUUGGGAUCAGGAGCUGUGGGGAAUAUGAUCAAUGGUGAUUCCGUGUCGAGUGCUUCUGUGUUCUGUGCCAUGCCAAAUGUGGAAACAUUGGAGAAUGAUGCAAAAACUAUUAAACUUGUAUCAGAUGGUGGUAAAGCAGACUCAUUCGAAUAUGUGGAAGGUGUUGAUACUGAAUGUCAAAAAAUGUCCCCAUUAAAUGAGUUCCCUGCAGAAAUUGAGCAUCAUGUAAAACUAGAUUCACUUAAUGUUGGUGAGCGAUUGGCUCAUUUAGACAGCAGUGCUCUCGGUUUGAAAAUGUCUCCCAUUGAUCACUGUGCGACUGAACAAUCAGGGUUGAACAAAAAUGAUAAGGAAUCUGAUCAUGAAAUUUCACAGAUGGAUUUAGAUAGAAUCAAACAAGUUGCUGGUGGUUCACCUAAUAUCAACACUGGUAUCCAGCCUGACAAUGCAGAUGGCGAGGGUGAUGACACACAGAAGAUGAAGAAUCUUUUAUCAGCUGAGGAUAACCAAGACGGCAAGAGGUCUGAGUCUGUGGAAGAAGCAAGGCCAGCAUCAUUGGAUUCAAAUAAUAUGCUCUCUGUUACUCCUCUGAAGGCUCUCAAUAGUUGUUAUCAUCAAUCUCUAUUUCAUUCUACUUCUGUUUCUGAUGAUCAGAUGGAUGAUAGAGCAGUUUCGGUCACUCAGUCUUCGUCGUUGACUGAUGGGCCAGACUCUGUUGCAAGGGAAUCUCCUCCCAGUUCCUCCAUAUGCAAUAUAUCUGCAUCAGAUAAUAAUCAUUCUCUUGAAAAUAGUAGUGCUUGCGGUCCUGAUGUCCAGUUCCAUUUAGAAAAAGCUAAACUUGUUGGCAAGUCUAGCGGAAAAGGAGAUUCUUUAUCAUCCUUUGAGGCUGUCAUUGGAUCAUUGACGAGAACAAAAGAUAGCAUUGGUCGAGCUACGCGGAUUGCAAUUGACUGUGCAAAAUUUGGUUUAGCAACCAAGGUGGUGGAAGUACUGUCUCGUAAUUUGGAGAUUGAGUCAAAUUUACACAAAAAAGUUGACUUGUUUUUCCUUGUGGAUUCUAUCACUCAGUGCUCUCGAGGCAUGAAAGGUGAUGCUGGUGUAUAUCCCUCUGCAAUCCAGGCACUGUUGCCCCGUUUACUAUUAGCUGCUGCCCCUCCUGGCAGUAGUUCCCGUGAGAAUCAUAGGCAGUGUUUGAAAGUUUUGAGAGUUUGGCAGGAGAGGAAGAUUCUUCCCGAACCCAUAAUUCGCCACCAUAUUCGGGAGCUUGAUGCCCUUUGUGGUUCAUAUCCUACUGCUGGCUCUCGUCGACCCUUGAGAAAUGAAAGGGCUUUUGAUGAUCCUAUUAGAGAAAUGGAGGGCAUGCUGGUUGAUGAAUAUGGGAGCAAUUCGAGCAUUCAGCUUCCUGGUUUCUGUAUGCCUCCUAUGCUGAGGGAUGACGGUGGAGGAAGUGAUUCUGAUGGAGAGAGCUUCGAGGCUGUAACCCCAGAGCAUAAUACUGAAAAACUUGAUGGAGAAAUGACUCAGAUUCCUGCAGUUGGGAAACGCAGCCAUAUCUUGGAAGAUGUAGAUGGUGAGCUUGAAAUGGAGGAUGUGGCUCCCUGUUGUGAAGUCGAAAUUACAUCCACCAGUAAUAUUGGUGGAGCAGAUUCAACACAAAUGUUACAUAAUCAAUCUAACAGGCAUUGUGCAGCACAAUUUACCGCCCAACAUGCGAAUGAUGUACAACUGACACCUGCUCUUUUGUCAAGAUCUCCCCCGCCCCCCCCUCCACUUCCACCAUCAUUUGCUUGUCCUGCAGUGCUUGGUUCUGUUACAAAUGGUCCUAAUUCAAAGCCUUAUUCGAAUUCUCAGAAAUUUAACAGCAGUGUGCAGGAAUCCGCAGUGAACCAGUCUGCUUUGUCCAGAGUCAACCCAUCAACCGUGGAUGCUGGCCAUCUACAUGUUCAUGACAACAAGGGUUUUGAAGCCAAGCUGCCGAGACAGAUGCCUGAAGCUAAUAGUGCUUCCUCAUUCAGUGAUCACCCUACCUCAUUUUUAUCUGGUCGAGGUUCUAAUAGUAUCCAGCCAACUGAUACUUUCAGCAAGGGUUUUCAUUUGCGCCCUCCUCACCCUGCUCCUUCAAAUCAAUUUUCAUAUGUGCAAGAACAACGGAUCCAAUCGCGGAGAGAUAUCCCACCUCCUUCCCACCUCAACAGAUACCGUGCACAUAAUGCAGAAAACGGAAACUUUUACAGGGAUCGUGAUAGAAAUAAAUAUGGCCCACGCGACAAUAUUGGAGAAUGCUGGAAGCCUCCAUUUCCAUCCCCUGGUCCAUGCUAUUCAGAUGGUAACAGGAUAGCACAUGCACCCGCGCCCAUGUCGUACAGUGGCCUGCAUGAGCCAGCAUUAUCUAAUAGUAGGUGGAAUUUCCCUCCACGGCCCAUGAACCACAGACAUUUUGAUCCCUAUAGACCACCUUCUGAAGGUCCUAUUCCUGUCGCAAGUAGAGGUCCUAAUUUUUGGAGACCAAGAUGAUUUGUCUGAGGAGCUGCUUCAAGCUGGAUGGAUUUUUGUUUGGUGCUAUGGCUCGUCUGAGAAAUUUCUUCUUAUAAUCGACUACUGUGGGACUUUUAAAAGAUAUUGUCCUUGCUCUGGCCAAAGAAGAAGGACGUCAUGCUCCUUGCUUGAUUGUAUAUAUAUGUAUGUAGCUGUCCCGUCUGUCCAAAAUGAAUAGAUGAUUAGCUGUCCCAUUUGGGCAUGGAGAUGCGGUGUUACCCCUAGGCUGUUAACUCCUGUGUAUUGAUUGAUUAUAAUUCUCUGAAUUUUGUUGAGCGGAACCAUACAAUUUAUACUUGUAGGCUGGUAGAAUUUGAGAUCAAUCUUGAGGCAAUGAUCUGUGAUAUCUGCUCGCGCCCCAUCUCUCCAUUGUAAAAAUGUUAACUUAGCUGUACAUUUUGAGCAGUUCUACCUCCCCAGUCGAUCAGAAUGAUUCAUGCUCAAUUUGCAUCUCAAAUACGUUGCCAAUACUUAUCAUGUUCCUGUGAUUAGUAAUUAUGAUGCUGAGGGGAGUGAUGGUGAUGGUGUGUACUACUGAGCUUCUUGAUUUUGAGUUCUGAAUUUGAAAUUAGUGCUAUUAAACUGGU